UUUCCUAUAAUAGCGCGAGAGCUGUGGCGAAAUGACAGAGUGCAUCAGAAAGUCAUCAUGAACAGGGGACUUUGUUUCGCCCUGGCUCUCAUUGUCGCCACCCAGGCGUCAGCAGUAAGGAAAAAAGAAAGAAGAGCUGCACCUACAGUAGAUACAUGCGUGGACAAAGUCGACUGCUCAAAGUACGCAAGCAGCGUGUGUAAAGAUUAUGGCGAUUGGGCCAAGGACAACUGUGCAGCAUUCUGUGGAAUAUGCAAACCACUACACACUACUGCACCUCCCCCCUGUGAAGAUGUUAAACCCAACUGCCCAGAGUACGGGCUAGAUUCGUGCACGAAGUUCGCUCCCUGGGCCCAUGAAAACUGUCGCAAGUACUGUGGUUUCUGCCAGGUACAGUCGACCGGCUUUUAUGGCCAGUGCUUCUACCAAGGGAAGACUUACAAACAGGGCGAAAAGUGGGAGGACGGCUGCAGCUACAACUGUGAGUGUGUGGACGGGUCGACCGGCGCCUACAAGUGUACAAACAAGUGUCCUGUGUACAACAAUCUACCCACGGCAUGUACCCUGGUAUCCACCCCCGGAGACUGUUGUCUGCAUCCCGUCUGUGACUUUAACAAGAAGGUGGUAACCUCCCAGGGUUCAGCCCUAGGGCACACAGCUUCUGGAGUCAACGUAUGCGUCUACAACGGCAACAACUACUACCAAGGCCAGACGUGGGCGGUUGGAUGUGAUCUGCGGUGUACAUGUAACGACGCUACUCAGGGAUCGUACAGAUGCCAGUCAUUCUGUCCCCAGUACGGCAAGCUGCCCACGGACUGCGUCAUGACAAAGGAUCCGGCUCAAUGCUGUGCAAGUCCUCAGUGCACCUUCAGCAAGCAGUUUGGAAGUUUCUCGGGAAGCGGUUCCGUUAGCGGAGCUGGCAUAACUAUGCAGGGUCCCACCGCCGAGACAGCAUGUGUUGAUAAACUACCCAACUGCCCGGAAUUUACCAAGGAUGCCUGUCCUAAAUAUCCAGGCUGGGCCGGGGCAAACUGCAAGAAAUUCUGUAACCUAUGCCAUCAAGCACAACCGACACCCGGACCGAAUGAUGCAUGCGUGUACCAGGGUCAAAGAUACACACAAGGACAGACAUGGGCCAUUGGCUGCGACCAACGAUGUGUCUGUGAAAACGCUAUCUAUGGCUACUACCGAUGCUCCAAUACGUGUCCAACCUACGACAACCUCCCCACUCAGUGCCACACUCAAAAGAAGGUCAGCGACUGCUGUGAAACAGUCAGAUGUUCAUCUGGGUCUUUCUACUCCUCAUCUACCAACCUUCAGACUACUGGCAGCGGAGGAGGCAUCAACAUCAACGGUGUGACCCCCAACCCAUCUACAGGGUCAGGACAGGGAGGCAGUUCCCUCGGCACGGGCAUGCAGCCCCCUCAACUAUCCGGAUGUCUUUACAAUGGUCAGCUGUAUGUUCAAGACCAGCAAUGGGAAGAUAAAUGCUCCACCGUCUGCACCUGCAACGACGCUUCAACAGGAAUAUACGCAUGCAGAGAAAGAUGUCCCCGGUUCGACGGAGUUCCUGCAGGCUGCCAGAUGAUCACUGACCCCAGCGACAAGUGCUGCAAGGUGCCCCAGUGCCCCCCGUCCAUUACUUAUGUUGCCAAACCCGUGUACCAACCUUGGAAACAAACCACCUCCCUGGUCAAGCCUCCAAGCAUCACUGACCUUACAUCCGGGUUCUUUACAAAUGUAGUAACGAUCAACUUCAGCGGCGGGACGGUAGCACCACCAACCCUUCCUACCGGAACCGUGCAGUCCGGAGGCAUAGGUUACUGUGAGUAUAAGGGCCGCCACUACCUUCAAAACGAGAGAUGGGAGGAUGGAUGCAAGUAUAACUGUAUCUGUGAGCGGGCAAAUGAUGGAUUCUGGAGAUGCUUAGACAGGUGUAAAACCUACCCGACUUUACCAAAAGAUAUCUGCUGGCUAAUUCCUGACCCCAGCGAUGCAUGUUGUCAGAUACCAUUUUGUAAAUUUUAUCCUAAAUUCCCUGCGAUAUACGGUACCGGACACCCAGGGACAUUCACGACCCCCCCAUAUCACCCUAAAGCCUGCUGUAGUCCAGAACACCACCCCCCAGGCCAGGUGAGGAACUGUAGAUGCAGUUCAGAUUUAGAGGCGUUCUGCGUGUACAAGGGCCAGAAUUAUGCUCAGGGCCAACAGUGGUACGACGGCUGCAGCAUGAAGUGUUCCUGCGAUAACGCUGAGUCAGGAUAUUACAGGUGUUCAAACAGAUGUCCCUUGUACUACAACGUACCCAAGGGAUGUACCGAGCUGCCCGACCCCAUGGAUCCAACCUGCUGUACCGUGCCGCACUGUGACUUCAAACCCACCUCGGGAUCCAUCUCAGGAACUGGCUCCCAGGCCACCAUACCCCCGGGGCAAAUUACCGGCACUGGACAGAAUCCUGGAGAAAACCAAAAAAUAGGGUACUGUCUGUACAAGAAGGUGAAAUACAACCAGGGCCAGAAAUGGACAGAUGGAUGCCAGUACAAUUGUGAGUGUGAAGAUGCAGACAAAGGCACCUACAGAUGCACAGCCAUGUGCCCUCGUUAUGCCAGCCUACCCCAGCAGUGCCGGCUUGUGACCGACUUUGCAAACCCCUGCUGCCAGCUACCGGAAUGUGACUUUCAGGGAACCUCUGGAGGCCUCACCGGCGCUGGACACGUCACCCCCUCACCGGGACCACAACCCACAUGUACCUACAAUACCGCUAAGUACUACCAGGGUCAGACAUGGAAAGACGGCUGCAGCAAGUCCUGUCGUUGUGAAGACGCCGUAAAGGGACUCUACGUCUGUGACGACAGAUGUCCGACGUUCGGUUCGAUGCCACCCCAGUGUCAAAUGGUCACUGACCCCGCCGACCCCUGCUGCCAGAAGCCACAGUGCCGCUUUGUACCAACGUCAGGUUCAACUACCGGUAGUGGGACACCGAACAAGAUCCCCACUCUAGCUCCUGCUAUUAUCACCGGCCAGGUUCCCACCCCCAAACCUGGGCAGACCCCCACACCCGUCACUGUGUGUACAUACAAAGGUCAACAGUAUCACAAAGGUCAGACCUGGCAAGAUGGCUGUAGCUAUAACUGUGAAUGUCUAGAUGAUCAGACGGGAAAGUACAAGUGCACUGAGAGAUGUCCGCGAUUCGCUGGGCUGCCUCCCCAGUGUAACUUGAUGAAGAACCCAAGUGACCCUUGCUGCCAGGUGCCUGUAUGUGACUUCAGCACCAACAACGGUGGCUUGACUGGACAAGGUCAGCUCACACCGGCGCCAGAUGUCACGCCCAAACCUAAAGGUAUGUGUGUCUACAAGGGUACAAGCUACGCUACCGGUCAGCAGUGGUUCGAUGGCUGUGAUUACACCUGUGAUUGCGAGAACGGUGACCAGGGCAUAUACCGUUGCAACAAGAGAUGCGCUAUGUACGACAACCUGCCCAAGGAAUGCCAUCUGGAGGCCGACCCCCAGGAUCCAUUCUGCUGCAAGCGCCCAGCCUGCUCCUUCAUCCCAACCAGCGGCUCUCAAACAGGCAACGCCCUCCCAUCCAUCCCUCCGGGCACAAUUACAGGAGGCAGCGUCGUCCCCACCCCUAACCCAAACCUGUCCCCAUCCCUCGGACCUGGAGUAUCACCCACACCAGGCCCUGGCAUGGUGCCUCUACCCAAAGAUGUGUGUGUGUACAAGGGCAAACAGUACGCCCAGGGAGCAAAGUGGCAAGAUGGCUGUCUCUACAACUGUGAAUGUCUGGAUGCCCACGCCGGCAAAUACAAGUGUACUGAACAGUGUCCCAAGUUCGCCCAGAUCCCGCCCCAGUGCCGCCUAGUCAGAGACAUAUACAACCCUUGCUGCCAGACCCCAGUCUGUAACUUCUCACCUACUUCCGGUCAGGCCACAGGAAGUGGUGUCCCACCGACGCCACCAGCCCAGAAAGAUUUCUGUGUGUACAAUGGCGCCAACUUCAAGCAGGGUGCCACCUGGAAUGACGGAUGUGAUCUCGUGUGCACGUGCGAGGAUGCCAAGACUGGCGUGUACAGAUGUGACGAGAGGUGCGCUAACUACAAGGCACAAUCAGGGUGCUCUAUGGUUGCUGACCCCAAGGAUAAGUGCUGCAAGAUACCCUUCUGUCAGCCGGUCUUGCUCCCUAGCCCUCAGCCAGGAGUCAACCCGGGUCAGAAUCCGACCCCCUUCCCCUACCCUGUACCCACAGGCGUUCCAGGGACGAUCCAUGGACAGACGGUCAACAAACCCAACACCAACAACCCAACCAAUGCAUCGUUCUGUACUUACAACAACAUCAACUACAAGACUGGUCAGAAGUGGGAGGACGGAUGCCAGUACUCUUGUGUAUGUGAUGAUGAGAAGACUGGCAAAUAUACCUGCCUCCAGAAGUGUACCCCGUACUCCAACAUACCCGCCUACUGUACACUGGUGGUCGACCCGCAGGAACCCUGCUGCAAGAAGCCGAGUUGCCAGAACCCACUGUCGCUCCAGACAACAGCCGCACCCGUCCCCGGAGUCAGCCCCACCCCAAACACCAACAACAUCAACACUCCUCUUCCCCAGCCAACUUGUGUAUACAAGAAUCAGCGUUAUAACGAGGGCCAGGAGUGGUAUGACGGGUGCGACAAGAAAUGUGUGUGUGAAGACGGGAAGAAUAACUACUACAGAUGCAGCUCCAGGUGUGCUAGUUAUGGAAAUAUCCCACCACAGUGCCGUUUGGUAGCUGACCCCAAGGACCCACAGUGUUGUCAGGUUCCACAGUGUACCCCUACCCCCGGGCCUAAUGGCUACCCUACCCCCGGGCCUGGCGUAUCCCCGACACCAUUCAACAUCCCCACCGGCGUCGUCACGGGAGUCGCUCCCACACCAACACCAGGACCCGGCGGACAGACCCCACCUCCACGACACUCCUGUGUAUACAAGGGGAGAGAAUACCGCCAGGGGGAGAGAUGGCAAGAUGGCUGCAAGUACAACUGUGUUUGUGAGGACGAAACCACAGGCAAAUACAAGUGUGGCGAGAGGUGUCCCUCUUAUCCCUUCGUGCCACCGCAGUGCACCCUCCAGCGUGAUUUGACCGACAUCUGCUGCAACAAGUUGACAUGUGACUACUCCAAGCCCACAGUGAACCCAUACGCCACUCCUAAACCCAACCAGACACCUUCGCCUGUACCAAAAUUCUGCGUCUACAAGGGCGUAGUCUACAAACAGAACCAGGUAUGGACCGAGGGUUGCGACAAGAAAUGUAGGUGCGACGACGCUGACACCAACUUUUACAACUGCUACGACAGAUGUCCAUCUUACAGCAACCCACCCCCGGGCUGCACUCUGAUUGUUGACCCCAAGGAUUCCUGCUGUCAAGUACCACAGUGCCUGGUUUCCCCAACCCUCGCCCCAGGGGCCACCCCUAACCCUAAUCCGGGUCAGAACCCCACCCCGAACCCCUACCCCGUCCCAACUGCUGUUCCCGGAACCAUCACAGGACAAUCACCUAACCACAACCCGCUACAGAAGAUUGGGUACUGUAUGUACAAGGGUGUUAAGUAUACCAAGGGCCAGACAUGGCAGGAUGGAUGCUCCAUGAACUGCGAGUGUCUCGACGACAACACAGGCCAGUACAAGUGUACCGAGAGGUGCCCCAACUACGUGAACAUCCCGAGCUACUGCAUCUUGGUGAAGGACCCCCGAGACAACUGCUGCCUGACCCCCACCUGCCCCGGGAUCAACCCCAACCCAAGCAAAGUCUCCCCAAGCCCCGGUACUAACAUUACCCCAACACCCGGGACGCCCAAACUCAAAGAUGUGUGUGUAUACAAUGGACGCUCGUACACUCAGGGCCAGGAGUGGUAUGAUGGCUGCGACAAGAAGUGUGUAUGCGAGGAUGGCACCACGGGCUUCGUCAGGUGUACCGACAGGUGCGCCUAUUUCAACUCCAUCGCCCCCAACUGCGUGAUGGUACCCGACCCCAAAGACCCCUCGUGCUGUUUGGCGCCACAGUGUGACCAGACCAACAAGACUGUCCCCACCGGGGUCAUUGGUCACAUCACUGGAUACGGUCUUCCCCCUACCCCUCAGCCUAUGGUCAGCCCCGCCCCGGGAGUCAGCACACCAGCCCCCGUGGUCACUCUCACGCCACCACUCAAAGAUGUGUGUGUGUACAAGGGCACCCCCUACAAGCAGGGUCAGCGGUGGCAGGACGGAUGUGACUACACCUGUGUUUGUGAAGACGCCACUACAGGAAAAUAUGAUUGCUCUGACAUCUGUCCACGAUACCCCAACCUCCCCUACUACUGCACCAUGACAUACGACCCUACCAACCCUUGCUGUCAGAAACCGGAAUGCCACUUGCCCAGCCCCACCAAGACACCCGGUGUCAGCCCGUCACCUGGCGCCACCCAGACACCAACUGCAAGCUUCUGUGUCUACAACGGUAUCCCGUACAGACAAGGACAGAAUUGGCAGGUGGGCUGCGACAAGGUGUGUCGAUGUGAAGACUCUGUGACCAACUUGAUCGACUGUGAUGACAGGUGCCCGAGCUAUCCUCAGACCCCGUCUGACUGCGUGUUGAUCACUGACCCCUCCGACAAGUGCUGCCAGGUCCCCAGCUGCGGUAACAGCCCCAACACCAACAACCCCUCUCACACCAUCAAAGGCGUGCCCGGCACUAUCACCGGACAGAUGCUACCCCCAGACAACAUGAACCCACUGCCUCUUAAAAAUGCAUGCGUAUAUAAUGGCAAGACCUAUCACCAAGGAGAGACAUGGGAGGACGGUUGUACUUAUGACUGUGAAUGUAUAGACAGUGCAGAUGGCAAAUAUAGGUGUACUGAAAAAUGCCCGGCGUAUCCCCAGGUGCCGUCCUACUGUACCAUGAUUCAAGACCCUCAGGAUAAAUGCUGCGAGGUUCCUUAUUGCCCAACACUUGUACCCCCAAUGAACACGCUCUACCCCACACCAUACCCGAUUGGUUACACGCCUUACCCUGGAGCCACUCCCUAUCCAGGUCCAUCCAAGUACCCAAUAGGCUUUACACCAUCUCCUGGGGCAACGCCGUAUCUCGGGCCAACUCCUUAUCCAAUAGGGUACACUCCCUACCCAGGCGCUACUCCAUACCCAGGACCAACACGCUAUCCAAUAGGAUUCACGCCCUCUCCCGGUGCAACACCCUACCUUGGACCAACACCAUAUCCAAUCGGCUAUACACCUUAUCUGGGUGCAACCCCAUACCCGGGACCAACUCCCUACCCAAUUGGAUUCACACCCUCUCCUGGUGCCACACCUUAUCACCUCCCUACACCCUGGCCAAUAGGAUUCACGCCUUUCCCGGGCGCCACUCCCUACCCAGGACCAUCUAAAUACCCAAUUGGAUUUACCCCAUCACCCGGUGCUACUCCGUACCUUGGACCGACGCCAUACCCGAUUGGAUACACUCCAUAUCCAGGGGCAACACCUUACCCAGGGCCUUCAAAAUACCCGAUUGGUUUCAUUCCUUCCCCAGGAGCAACGCCCUAUCCUGGACCAACCCCAUGGCCUAUCGGCUACACCCCUUCACCAGGUGCGACGCCAUAUGCAGGACCUAACUCACCAACACCUUAUCCCAUUGGUUACACGCCAUCACCUGGAGCAACCCCAUAUCUGGGACCCACUCCCUCCUUUAUCGGAUACACUCCUUGGCCAGGCGCAACACCAUAUCCAGGACCGUCUAAAUAUCCCAUUGGCUUUACACCUUCACCAGGUGCAACCCCUUACCUGGGACCUACUCCUUACCCCAUUGGAUAUACACCAUGGCCAGGGGCAACACCAUACCCAGGACCAUCAAAAUAUCCAAUAGGUUUCACACCAUCUCCUGGAGCUACACCCUAUCUUGGACCUACCCCAUAUCCUAUUGGAUAUACACCAUACCCUGGUGCCACGCCUUAUCCAGGACCAACAAGAUACCCAUUUGGAUUCACCCCGUCACCAGGUGCAACGCCGUACCUGGGACCAACACCCUAUCCAAUCGGCUAUAUACCGUAUCCUGGGGCAACACCAUACCCUGGUCCAUCUAAAUACCCGAUAGGAUUUACACCAUCUCCUGGUGCUACACCUUACCUGGGACCAACUCCUUACCCAAUCGGGUAUACCCCAUGGCCUGGAGCAACCCCCUAUCCUGGACCAACACCCUAUCCUAUUGGCUUUACACCAUCGCCAGGUGCCACUCCUUACCAUAUUCCAACACCUUGGCCAAUCGGAUACACUCCAGUUCCUGGCGCAACCCCGUACCCAGGACCGACACCUUAUCCUAUUGGUUAUACACCAUCACCAGGUGCAACACCAUACCAUCUUCCAACACCCUGGCCAGUUGGAUUCACUCCAUUCCCAGGAGCAACACCAUACCCAGGACCAACACCCUAUCCUAUUGGUUAUACGCCUUCUCCCGGGGCUACACCAUACCACCUUCCAACACCCUGGCCAGUUGGAUUCACUCCAUUCCCUGGAGCAACACCAUACCCAGGACCAACACCCUAUCCUAUUGGUUAUACGCCUUCUCCCGGGGCUACACCGUAUGCUGGACCUACGCCAUAUCCGAUUGGCUACACGCCUUUCCCUGGCGCAACACCUUAUCCAGGUCCAUCUAAAUACCCAAUUGGAUAUACGCCGUCUCCAGGUGCCACGCCAUAUCUUGGACCCACACCUUACCCGAUAGGUUUCACACCAUACCCUGGUGCCACACCUUACCCAGGCCCAUCCAAGUAUCCUAUUGGAUACACGCCAUCGCCUGGUGCUACACCAUAUCUUGGACCUACUCCUUACCCAAUUGGAUACACUCCUUGGCCAGGGGCAACACCAUACCCAGGACCAUCCCUAUAUAUGCCCAUCGGAUACACACCAUCUCCAGGUGCUACACCAUACCUUGGGCCCACCCCGUAUCCAAUAGGUUAUGUGCCAUACCCUGGCGCAACACCUUAUCCAGGCCCAUCAAAAUACCCAAUUGGAUUCACACCAUCCCCAGGUGCUACCCCAUACCUUGGACCAACUCCUUAUCCAGUUGGUUUCACUCCAUCACCCGGUGCUACUCCCUACCCAGGCCCAUCUAAAUACCCAAUCGGUUUUACUCCGUUCCCUGGCGCAACACCUUACCUUGGACCUACACCUUAUCCAAUUGGCUUUACACCAUACCCUGGUGCAACACCUUAUCCAGGUCCAUCUAAAUAUCCCAUUGGGUUUGUUCCAUCGCCUGGUGCAACACCCUACCCAGGACCAACGCCGUACCCCGUUGGCUAUACACCAUAUCCAGGAGCUACCCCUUAUAAGCUUCCAACUAUUCCAUCAACAAACACCCCAACCACUCCUUAUCCGAUUGGUUACACUCCAUGGCCUGGCGCAACACCGUACCCAGGACCAACUCCUUACCCGAUAGGAUUCACACCGUCUCCAGGUGCAACACCUUACCAUGUUCCAACACCCUGGCCUAUUGGUUAUAAACCAUAUCCUGGUGCAACACCAUACCCAGGGCCUACUCCAUACCCUAUUGGAUUCACGCCAUCCCCAGGUGCUACCCCAUACCUGGGACCAACACCCUACCCCAUAGGAUAUACACCUUACCCCGGAGCCACUCCCUACCCUGGACCAAGUAAGUACCCCAUUGGAUUCACACCUUCACCUGGAGCGACUCCGUACUUGGGACCAACACCAUACCCUAUCGGAUACACACCUUGGCCAGGCGCAACACCAUAUCCAGGACCGUCUAAAUAUCCCAUUGGCUUUACACCUUCACCAGGUGCAACCCCUUACCUGGGACCUACUCCUUACCCAAUUGGCUAUGUACCAUAUCCCGGUGCAACCCCCUACCCAGGACCAACUAGGUAUCCUAUCGGAUUCACACCAUCACCAGGCGCCACACCUUAUAGAGGACCAACACCAUACCCCAUUGGAUACACACCAUAUCCCGGGGCAACACCUUACCCAGGACUCACCCCAUACCCGAUAGGAUUCACACCUUCGCCAGGAGCAACUCCGUACAGAGGCCCAACACCAUAUCCAGUUGGCUACACACCUUGGCCAGGAGCAACACCAUAUCCAGGUCCAACUCCAUAUCCUAUUGGAUUUACCCCAUCUCCUGGCGCAACACCAUACCAUGUUCCUACUCCUUGGCCAAUCGGCUACACUCCUUAUCUAGGUGCAACUCCCUACCCUGGACCAACACCUUACCCAAUUGGAUACACACCAUCUCCUGGCGCUACACCAUUCCACCUAGGAACACCCUGGCCAAUAGGGUUCACCCCCUACAUAGGAGCUACGCCAUACCCAGGACCGACACCUUAUCCAAUUGGCUACACACCCUCACCCGGGGCAACACCUUACAAAGCUCCAACACCAUGGCCCAUUGGCUACACUCCGUAUCUCGGGGCCACACCGUACCCAGGACCAACACCAUACCCCAUUGGCUACACUCCCUCACCCGGGGCAACACCCUAUAAAGCACCAACACCAUGGCCCAUUGGUUUCACACCUUAUCCCGGAGCAACACCAUACCCAGGACCAACCUUAUAUCCACCUGGGUUCACGCCAUCUCCAGGAGCCACCCCGUAUCAAGGACCUACCCCAUACCCGAUAGGCUACACGCCAUUCCCUGGUGCGACACCUUACCCAGGCCCAACACCGUAUCCUAUUGGUUAUACACCGUCACCAGGCGCAACACCAUACUUAGGACCAACACCAUAUCCAAUUGGCUUUGUUCCAUAUCCAGGAGCCACCCCUUACCCAGGGCCGUCUAGGUGGCCAAUAGGUUUCACUCCUUCACCCGGAGCCACACCUUACAAGGGACCCACUCCUUAUCCCAUUGGCUACACCCCCUGGCCGGGCGCAACACCCUACCCAGGACCAACACCCUACCCAAUUGGCUUCAUUCCCUAUCCAGGAGCAACACCAUAUCUUGGACCUACGCCUUACCCCAUAGGGUAUGUUCCUUUCCCCGGUGCUACUCCAUAUCCAGGUCCCAGCAAAUAUCCGAUCGGAUUCACACCCUCCCCAGGUGCAACCCCAUACCUUGGACCAACACCUUAUCCCAUCGGCUACGUUCCCUACCCAGGGGCAACUCCUUACCCGGGACCAUCAAAAUACCCCAUUGGGUUCACACCUUCCAUUGGAGCCACACCCUACCUUGGACCCACCCCAUAUCCAGUUGGAUACACUCCAUGGCUAGGUGCGACACCUUAUCCAGGACCAACACCCUAUCCAAUUGGAUUCACACCCUCUCCUGGUGCCACACCGUAUCGCCUACCCACACCAUGGCCCAUUGGUUACACACCUUUCCCUGGUGCCACACCUUACCCCGGUCCAACUAAGUAUCCUAUUGGAUUUACCCCGAGUAUAGGUGCCACACCAUACCUUGGCCCAACUCCUUACCCAAUAGGAUAUGUACCAUUCCCUGGUGCCACCCCAUACCCAGGACCAAGCAAAUACCCCAUUGGAUUCAUCCCAUAUCCCGGAGGUACCCCCUAUUUGGGACCUACUCCUUGGCCAAUCGGAUUCACCCCAUCACCAGGGGCAACACCAUAUCCCGGUCCUUCUAAAUAUCCAUUCGGUUUCACGCCAUUCCCUGGGGCAACACCCUACCUCGGACCGACCCCAUACCCGAUUGGAUACACGCCAUCACUAGGUGCUACACCUUACCCUGGACCAUCUAGAUAUCCUAUAGGCUACACCCCGUCCCCUGGAGCCACGCCCUACCUCGGACCAACGCCCUACCCUAUUGGUUAUGUGCCCUACCCUGGAGCAACUCCCUAUCCAGGACCAACACCUAUACCAGGCUAUACACCCAUGACUGGCGUGACCCAAGCACCCAGAGUUAAAGGCAUGUGCGAGUACAACAACCAGUAUUACAAGGAAGGCCAGCUGUGGUACGACGGCUGCAACAAAGUGUGCCGCUGCGAGAGCGCCGACUUCAACUUCCAUAGGUGCCAAGACAGGUGCACGAAGUAUGACAACAUCCAGUCUUCUUGCCUCAUGGUGCCUGAUCCAAAGGACCCGUCCUGUUGUAAGAAGCCUCAGUGUCCGGUCCCCACCCCUGCACCAGGAGUGACACCCACACCAGGGUUCAUCUCUGUCACUCCCGUCCCUGGAUACAUCAACGGUUACGGCAAACCUCCAACCAUGGCCCCAGGUGUAUCACCGUCCCCAGGGUCACAGGCUACACCCUCGCCAACAGGCUGCAUGUACAAGGGCCAAGUCUACAACAAGGGGCAGAAGUGGGAGGAUGGAUGUGACUCCGACUGUGAAUGUCUGGAUGACGCUACUGGCCAGUACAAGUGCACCAAGAAGUGUCCGGCAGUUCCUCAGCUUCCGAACCGCUGUGUCCUGCUCCAGGAUCCCACCAACCCCUGUUGCAAGCGUCCAUUCUGCGACUUCAUGAAUCCCACGCCCUUCCCUGGCGGUGUCCCCACCCCCAAUCCGAUCCUCAACCCUUCACUGGGACCUAAUCAGCAAACAACACAGAAGCCAGGCCCCGGGGUGUCCAAUGCUGCAAAUCAUAACCAAGGUCAGACUGCUGGCUUCUGCAUGUACAAGGGUGUGCCAUACCAGAAAGGUCAGACUUGGAGCGAUGCCUGUGACAAGACGUGUGUGUGUGACGACCCCACCAACAACCUCUACACGUGCAGAGAUAGGUGUUCCUCCUUCAACAACCUUGCUCCUACAUGUACUCUUGAGACCGACCCUAACGACCCGUGUUGUGUGGUCCCAGACUGCAACCACCUCCCUCCAGUGAGCCUUACCCCCGGGACACUCCCGGGCAUCAACGGAACCAGCAAUCCCUUGAACCCCUAUCCUUCAUACGGUCCAGGUUUCACGGGUCAGCCCACGUACAUUCAGCCAACAGGCAUCCCGGGCACCUUCACUGGUAAUUCCGGGUUCGGAUCCGGUAACCCCGGUCAACAAGUCGGUGGAAUGAUGUCUGGAAUGAGAAACAUGUGCGUGUACAAGGGAACCACAUAUUCUCAAGGACAGACCUGGAGUGAUGGCUGCAACUACAACUGCGAAUGUAUUGACGCCGUCAGAGGCAAAUACAGAUGUAACGACAGAUGCGGAAAGUAUUACUUCCUUCCGCCGCAAUGCAUGAUGGUCGCCGAUCCCAAGGACUCGUGCUGCAAGGUCGCCAAGUGUGAUUCUUCCCUCUUCUAUGUGAGCCCCUACCCCGGCACCGGUCCAUCAGGCACCCGAACUACCCCCAAUCCGAACACUGUGUUCCCCAUAAUCACGGGCGGUCACUCAGGUAUAACUCCCGCAAUUGGAACAGGACCUUCAGGAUCGAGAACAACACCGAAUACACAGACCCAGUACCCAGUCAUCACUGGUUCAAGGCCGCCGAAUAUGUGCAUGUAUACGGAUGGCAAGCUGUACGCCAAGGGCCAGAGCUGGGCCGACGGCUGCACCUACACCUGUGUCUGCCAGGACCCAGUCAGCAACGACUUCAGAUGCACGAUGAGUUGCACAGCGUUCUCCAGCCUGCCGAGUUACUGCACUCUACAGAAGAUCCCCGGCGACCAGUGCUGCAUGCAACCCGUCUGCAGCUACAACGGCAAGACCUACAUACCCAUGGUGCCCGACCCCCUCCACCCCACCACCUCACCUACCCUCAACCCGUCGAUUAAGAACGUCAUUCCUAUCGGAACACACCAGAUCUUCUCCGGAUCCGGCUCUCAGCCAGGAACGUCUUACACAGUGCAGAUCGGAGGCAGAAGCGCCUGCUACUACAAGGGCACCCUCCACCAGCAAGGCACAUCCUGGGACGACGCCUGCGACUUCACCUGUACCUGCGAGGUGGGCAAGAACGGAAUCUACAGAUGCAUCUCUAAAUGCCCAGCAUAUCCAGCCACCCCAAGCUACUGUCAUUACGUCACUGUACCCGGCCAGUGCUGUAGGAGUCUUACCUGUAGCGUACCCGGAAUCAACACCCCCUACAACCCAACCCCCCAGAUCAAUCCAACCCCCGUGCCCACACUGGCUCCUGGUCAAACUCCGGCACCAACUACCAAUCCACAGAUUAUCGUCGGACCCGGAGUAGGAAGUCAGUUUGGAGGGUCGCUGCCUGGAGGUGGCGCCACUGUGCCCCCGGGCAUGACAAGCAUCAUGGCAGGACGACUGAACAAAUGCAUCUACCAGAACAAGAUGUACAACAUGGGGGAGAGAUGGGAUGACGGAUGUAACUACCAGUGCGAGUGCCUCGACGGAAACUCAGGAUACUACAAGUGCAUCCCCAAGUGCGCUGACUACACCAAGGUAGCCCUACCCAAGGCCUGCUAUAUGGUGAAGGCUCCAGGGGGCUGCUGUGACGUCCCCGUGUGUAAGAAGCCCGACGGUACCAUCGUAGACCCAGUCCAGAACCCAGGAGUCUACCCAGUGUUUGGUUCCUUCACGGGAGGUUUCACCGGCUUCAGGCCUGGCUUCAACCCAUAUGGAACCACAAACACCAUUGGUGGACGACUCAAUGCCUGUGUCUACAAGUCUACGGUGUAUCAGGUGGGUCAGAAGUGGGACGAUGGCUGCGACUUCAACUGCGAGUGUCUCGACGCCCAAACCGGCCGUUACAGAUGCAUACCCAAAUGUCAUCUACCCGUGUGCAACCUAUACACGACUGCCCCGAUGUGUCGAAUGAUUGACGUGCCUGGACAGUGUUGUAAGCAGGUGUCAUGCCUCUCCCCAACCAACCCGGGUCCCACCUACUCCACGGGUGGUGCCAACAUCUCACCACAGGCGGGAGUCUGUCCCCCCAAAGACAAGCUGGACAACUGUGCUGCCUUCGGCCAAUACUCCUGUAAGGCUCCUUACGAAGCAUGGGCGAGAGAGAACUGUCCAAUCUAUUGUGGAAUCUGUCAACGUACAGUGUCCACUACGCCACCACCAUGUGUGGACAAGCUGGACAACUGCGACAUGUACGGGAAGGCAUCUUGCGGCGGACUGUACCUCGGCUGGGCUGGAGACAACUGCAGGAAGUACUGUGACCUAUGUACAACAACGGCUCCGGCAACUCAGGCCCCAUCCCAGUCCAGCUGCGCUGACAAGCUGUCCAACUGUAACAGUUAUGGAAGCUACAUUUGUACUGGACAGUAUGAGUCCUGGGCUCGCGACAACUGUGCGAUGACCUGUAACUACUGUGGAACGACCGCACCGCCACACACCAACACAGGCUACGGCCUCCCCCCGGCGAACUGGGCCAUCUUGAUGAAGGGCGUGGCUGGGAUGCCAGGUGAUCUGUAUAGUCUGUGGUCCUCCCCCAGCACCCUUAACGCCAAUCAACCCCAGGCUAUGUACUUGACCAGCACCUACCCAGGACAUUACAAACCUGAUUUGUCCAACAACUGGAACAGCUGUCACUUUGACCAGAUCCGAGUCGCCAUCUACAACCAGGGACUUCAGAAGGCCUAUGUGACAUUUAACGCAGUUGGCGCUGACAAGAUGAGUUGGUUCAGCCCGAGCAGGAUUAUCGACUCGUCCUGGGGUGAUAUCAAGUCUAUUCCCAAGAACUUCUUCCAGAUGGCUGGUGAUUCGCUGACUGGCCGUGAGUUUUACAUGAGCAACACUGGGACCGGCUGCUCCAGUAGUGGCUGGAUGAUGGUGUCCACCAGGGGAGGAUGUCCAUACGAGAACCCCAGCGGCAAGAAACCCGCGUUCUACUACGCCCCCGGCAACACUAUGGCUAACUGGCAGACAACCCAACCUCAGUCAGGAGAUGUAUUCGCUAUCCUCGCCCAUGGAGGAAACUGCAUUACCGGCAACUCGCCAUACACUACGCCAGCCCCACUAACAGGCAGCACUAAUGUGUGUAUAUACAAGGGCCAUACCUACAAGGAAGGGGAGACGUGGGCCGACGGGUGCGAAUACAACUGCACAUGCGUAGAUGGAAGCCGAGGUCAAUACAACUGUAGAGGACUCUGUCCCAUCUACAACAACCUGGACCCAGCUUGCACCCUGGUGAAGAAGCCCGGGCAGUGUUGCAGUGUGCCAGACUGCCCCCAGUCACAGCAGCAAUGUCUGUACAAGGGUCAGAGCUACGGGCAAGGCAAGACUUGGCGCGACGGCUGUGACUUCCAAUGUACCUGCGUAGAUGCCACCAAGGGCAUGUACAACUGUAAAGCCCUGUGUCUGCAAUGGCAGCUCCCCCCGGUGUGUAAGCUGCUGGCCCCUCCAGCCGGCAAAUGCUGCCCCACGCCAAGCUGCCCCAGCGGUAUGGUCAUCAACUACCCGCCAGGCUAUAUUGACGUUUAACAGGCAAAAACCUGUGUAGCCAGGCAACAAAACAAUUCGUUGAAGUAAAAUACAAACAUGUUUGUGAAAAUUGUAAAUAUUCGAAAUAGGAAAAUAAAUUAUUUCUAGUCUCA